GCAGAGUGACCCAAUGGCAACGCGCAGGUCAGAAGGGUUCAGCUUCGACAUGACCUGCCUGUCCGUGGCUUUGGCUUUUUCCUUUCCCACAGUUGCCAGUGGGCAACCCCACUCUCAGCUGGGCAACACCCAGCAGCAGACAGAGUUAGGAAAGGAACUUGCAACUGCCGGCACCAUGCCUUACCCAUACCCAGCACUGACUCCGGAACAGAAGAAGGAGCUGUCUGACAUCGCUCACCGUAUUGUGGCCCCGGGCAAAGGCAUCCUGGCUGCAGAUGAGUCCACUGGGAGCAUUGCCAAGCGACUGCAGUCUAUUGGCACUGAGAACACAGAGGAGAACCGGCGCUUCUACCGCCAGCUGCUGCUGACUGCUGAUGACCGCGUGAACCCUUGCAUUGGGGGCGUCAUCCUCUUCCAUGAGACGCUCUACCAGAAGGCGGACGAUGGGCGCCCUUUCCCCCAAGUUAUCAAAUCCAAGGGUGGGGUCGUUGGCAUCAAGGUAGACAAGGGUGUGGUACCCCUGGCAGGAACGAAUGGCGAGACCACUACCCAAGGACUGGAUGGGUUGUCUGAGCGCUGUGCCCAGUACAAGAAGGAUGGAGCUGACUUUGCCAAGUGGCGCUGUGUACUGAAGAUUGGAGAACACACUCCCUCAGCCCUUGCUAUCAUGGAAAAUGCCAACGUUCUGGCCCGUUAUGCCAGCAUCUGCCAGCAGAAUGGCAUCGUGCCCAUCGUGGAGCCUGAGAUUCUCCCUGAUGGGGACCAUGACUUGAAGCGCUGUCAGUAUGUCACUGAGAAGGUGCUGGCUGCUGUCUACAAGGCUCUGAGUGACCACCAUAUCUACCUGGAAGGCACUUUGCUGAAGCCCAACAUGGUCACCCCAGGCCAUGCCUGCACCCAGAAGUAUUCCCAUGAGGAGAUUGCCAUGGCAACUGUCACUGCGUUGCGCCGCACAGUGCCCCCCGCUGUCACUGGGAUCACCUUCCUGUCUGGAGGACAGAGCGAAGAAGAGGCAUCCAUCAACCUCAAUGCCAUCAACAAGUGUCCCCUCCUGAAGCCGUGGGCUCUGACCUUCUCCUAUGGUCGGGCCCUGCAGGCUUCUGCACUAAAGGCCUGGGGAGGGAAGAAGGAGAACCUGAAGGCUGCCCAGGAGGAAUAUAUCAAGCGAGCCUUGGCCAAUAGCCUUGCCUGUCAAGGAAAGUACACUCCAAGUGGCCAGGCCGGCGCUGCAGCCAGUGAGUCCCUCUUCGUCUCUAACCAUGCCUACUAAGCUAAGGUUCUGAAGCUGCCCCCCAACACUCCAGGCCCCUGCACCGCUGACACUCAAGAGGGGGCCUCUUCGGGGCUCCAAGCUUUCCCAUCACUCUUGCCUCCCUUGUGACUCUGGUGUGUGGUGUUGUCUGUGUACGCUAACUUCAGCACUCCUUCCAGCCCACUGCCAAUAAACAAUUAUUUAAGGGGG